GUUAGCAAGCAGGGCUCGCAAGCCCACUGUUGAACAUGGGAACGCGGUGUAGCACGCGUUUCACGUUUUCGAAUUCGCAGGCCGUAGGAACGUUCACUCCUUGCUUCCCAAGGCAGAAGAGAGAGAGUCAGUUAUGUUUCAUCAUCAUCUUUAAAACAAACCAAUCAGAGCCUCACUGAAGAGAGAGAGAGAGAGCCAGUCAACUUCAAUUGAUUUUUUCAGAAAGCUGUAGUUUUCAACUAGGGUUUCCGUAAUCUAUAUCUCUUUGACUUACCAAUUCGAGAAUUUGCUUCGGUAAUCGAUCAGCUUCUUCCAUCAGGAGAGGAACCAUGGAAGGGCAACUGUUACAGAAUCAUCUUCAGGAUGCAAGAGAGACACAAUGUUUAAACAUUCCUGGAGUACCUCCAUACCUUACACGCAAGUGGUAUUUCAGUAAACAAGAAAUAGAGCAUCAUUCUCCAUCAAUGAAGGAUGGAAUUGAAUAUGAGCAGGAGUCAGCGUUGCGGAAGUUUUACUGCUCAUUUUUACAAGAGCUUGGAAUGGAGCUUAAAGUGCCACAAGUUACAAUAGCAACUGCAAUGAUGUUGUGUCAUCGGUUUUACAUGCGUCAGUCUCAUGCAAAGAGUGAUUGGCAGACUAUUGCAAUUGCGAGCAUGUUCCUUGCUUGUAAAGCAGAGGAAACACCACGCUGUCUCAGUGAUGUUACUAUUGUGGCUUAUAAGUUGAUGUAUAGAUGGGAUCCCUCUGCUUCACGAAGAAUCAGACAGAGGGAUGUUUAUGAUCAGCAGAAGGAAUUAAUCUUAACUGGGGAGAGGCUUUUGCUGUCAACAGUUGCCUUUGACCUCAAUAUUGAACAUCCAUACAAGCCACUUGUUGCAGCUCUGAAGAGAUUGGAGAUCUCAGACAAGAAGAUUGUCGAAGUGGCAUGGAAUUUUGUGAAUGAUUGGCUCCGCACGACACUCUGCUUGCAGUACAAGCCCCAUUAUAUUGCAGCUGGUUCUUUAUACCUUGCUUCCAAAUUUCAGAAAGUAAAAUUACCUUCGGAGAAGGGGAAGGUGUGGUGGAUGCAGUUUGAAGUUUCACCUAAGCACCUAGAAGAGGUCAUCCAACAGAUGCUUGGGAUGUUAGACAAAAAGCAGAAACCAGCUCCGCCCCCUGCAUGUGGGAAGCUGAUUGAAUCCAAACCUGUGGUUGCAAAGACAAUUCCCAGUAUCCCGGGAUCAGCCAUUACAAAUGGGUCAAAUGUCUCUCAGAAUAUGGCCAAAGGUGUUAAAUCUGCAACUUCCAGUAGUCCAGAGUCAUGCGUUAUAAGCAGCAGCUCAAAUGCUGCUGCUGACUAUACUGGCCAAGGAGCAAUGGUGGAUGGUGGAGGACUUGUUAAAUCUGCUAUUUCCAAGUGCAGCGAAAACGAGGCUUCUAGUGACUUUUACAUUGGCAUGAAAGGAAUACGAAGUCAGUCAAGCGAUUGUGGUAGUGCCAUUAGUGUUGUUGAUGAUGGUGAUUUUGAGCCAAAAACGGAGAAGUUGGAUCAAAACACUAAAUCUAUUCAAGCUGCUGAUAGUAAGAUAGAUGUAGAUCGCAUUAGAAAUGCAUUAAAGAGGAGGAGAUCGGAGCAGAGAGUCGUUGACAAGAAGUCAGUGGAAGGUAUGGAUGAUGAGAUAGAUAGUGAAGCUUGGAUCGAAAGGGAGCUGGAAAAUGGAAUAGAGCUGGACACUGCAAACAAGAGAAUGAGGUUAUGAAAGUUCUGGGUUUAAAAAAGUGAAAUAGAGCUGGACACUACCUUUGUAAACAAGAGAAGGAGGUUAUGAAAGUUCUGGGUUUAAAGUCUAUCAUUACAUGCUACUCAUCUGAAAGAAGCUUAUUCUGCCUAUUUUGGGAUCACGGCUUAUUUGUGUAUAAAAGUGAGUUCGUUACUUGAAAGUAUUGGAACUAAUUAUUUUGGGUCAUGGAACUAAUUAACGUCAACUGUCGGCCUACUUCCUUUGCACAUUACAAGUACAUGGUCUGUGUUUAUCAUUCUUUUGGGUAGAAUUAUAAACUAUUGAUUCUUUGAGGAUGGAGUUGCUCUUCCAAGAUUUAGAUGGAAUGGCGGACGCAAUGAUUGCGCUUCAUUUUUUCUGUGGCAAGGAAGGAGUCCCAGCUUCAUAUCUAGUUGAGAUGUGGACUCGACUCAGACUGAUAUAUGGAAACAGGUUGGAAGAAAUAUAUUGAAAGCAAUAAAUUGAUUCUGAGAAUGUAACGAGAAUCUUUUUAUGUAGAUUGUAGAGCCAAUUUUGAGGAGAAUGUUGUACUGGAAAAGCAAACAGAGAAUCUGUAAAUCUCUAUAGAUUUCUGUGUUUCUGAGUUCAGCCUGUUUGGAAUGCUAGAAAGUAAAUGAAUCUCGGAAGCUUAGUUGGAA